AUGUCGUUCUCUGGCCGCCGCGUGAGCAUCUUGCGGCCUUCCAACAGGCGAUUCUCCCUAGGCAAGGAGUUGUCGGAGAAUGAACUCCGAUCGGAAACCCAUCGUCAAUUCCGAAGCGCUCACGAAGGUCACCGCCCUCACGCCGGCCUCGAUGCCUCGCGUGCCUCGACCGGUGUCGUCUGGUGUACGGAACGUGCGACAGAACACGGUUAUGCGGAAAAUCCAGCCGAAUGGGCGAAUCUGGGCCAAGGUGCCCCCGAAGCCGAUGAUGAGAUCGAAGGCAGUUUCCCCCGCCCGACGAGCAUUCCUAUCACCUCUGCUGCUCGUGAGUACGGCCCCACGGCCGGUAUCAAGCCCCUCCGCGCCGCUGUCGCUCGGUUGUACAAUGAGCAUUACCGCCAGGGCAAAGAGAGCCAGUACACUUGGGAAAAUGUCUGCAUUGUGCCCGGUGGACGCGCGGGUUUGAUUCGAAUCGCAGCCAUUCUGGGCAAUUCGUACCUUUCCUUCCCCAUUCCCGACUACUCUGCGUACUCGGAGAUGUUGACUUUGUUCAAGAAUAUCGCGCCUAUUCCCAUUCCCCUCUCCCAGAACGACCAUUAUCAUAUCCACCCCGACAAGAUCGCCGAGGAAAUUGCCCGUGGUACCCAGGUCCUCUUGACCUCGAACCCCCGUAACCCGACCGGACAUUUUGUCUCCAGCGAGGAGCUGGCACGGAUUCAAGACAUCUGCAGGGAUCGCGCGACGCUGAUUUUGGAUGAAUUCUAUGGAGGCUACAACUACACCACCGACUGUGACGGCACGACUCUCAGUGGUGCUACGAAUGUGGAGGAUGUCAACCAAGACGAUGUGUUGCUCAUCGACGGUCUCACCAAGCGUUUCCGCCUGCCUGGUUGGCGUAUCGCCUGGAUUGUCGGCCCUAAAGAAUUCGUUGACGCUUUGGGUUCCGCUGGUUCCUACCUGGAUGGAGGUGCCAACGUGCCGUUCCAGGAAGCUGCCAUUCCCAUGCUUGAGCCGUCCCUUGUACGCGCAGAGAUGAAGGCUCUUCAGCAUCAUUUCCGUGAAAAGAGAGACUUCGUUGUGAAGCGCUUGACUGAGAUUGGAUUCCGUAUCAAGGAUAUUCCUCAGGCCACCUUCUACAUUUGGCUUGACCUGACUGCCUUGGACCCUCCUCUUCCCGCGGAAGCUAACAUCUCCGACGGUCUGAACUUCUUCAACGCCCUUCUGACCGAGAAGGUUAUUGUGGUGCCUGGUAUUUUCUUCGACCUGAACCCUGCCAAGAGACGAGACCUGUUCGACAGCCCCUGCCAUCACUUCGUCCGUCUGAGUUACGGGCCUAAGAUGGAUGUGCUUAAGAAGGGUCUGGACGGCAUUGAAAGAGUUAUCCGCCGGGCUCGUGGAGAGGCCCUCAAAGCGCAAUGGGAGGACGAGGUAGCAAUUGCUGACGACUAA